AAGAAAACCCCCUGUUGUAUAAACUAGCAGACUACAAACAUCAAGUGGCAAAGGGCUCAUGAGAGACUAUGAGAAAGUUUUCAUCUUUGGCAUCUAGGGCUUCACCUGCAACUCCAAACCUUCAAAUUCACAAACAGAAACAACCUCAAAAUUCGAAACCCUCAAAUUUCAGCUCUUCAAAUAAUCUUGGUCAAAAACCCAGUAAUAUCUACAAAUUUGAAGCCACUUCUACAGGUAAGCCUCAAUUCAAAGACUCGAACUUUAAAUCAAUUUCAGUUUCACGGACUCACAUUUAUAGUAAUAAAGGCAAAUUUGAUGGAAAACCCGUUGAUCAUCAAUACCUUGCUGAAGUUCUAUCAAGAAAUGAUUGGUUUUUGCUGCUAAACCAUGAGCUUGAGGACAAAAGGGCCAAUUUGAAUACUCGGAUUAUACUUAGUAUUCUGCAAAAUCAAGAAAACCCACUACACGUUUUGAGAUUUUAUAUUUGGGUUUCGAAUAUAUGCCCUCAAUUCGCUAAGAAUCAUCUGAUUCAUGGCACUUUAGGCAAUAUCCUUUAUAGGAAAGGCCCGGUUUUGUUGUCGGCUGAACUGAUCAAGGACAUUAAGAACUCUGGGUGUAAAGUUACUCAGGAUUUGCUCUGUGUUCUGCUUGGGAGUUGGGGGAGGUUGGGUUUGGCAAAGCAUUGUAUCGAGGUUUUUGAGCAGAUUUCUUAUCUGGGCCUUAUUCCUACUACUAGGUUGUAUAAUGCAGUGAUCGAUGCAUUGGUGACAUCCAAUUCGCUUGACUUGGCUUACCUUAAGUUUCAGCAAAUGGAGGUGGAUGCUUGUAUUCCGGAUAGGUUUACGUAUAAUAUCCUCAUACAUGGAGUCUGUAAGAUUGGUGUGGUAGAUGAGGCUCUUCGCUUAGUGAAACAAAUGGAGGGGUUAAAAUACUCACCCAAUGUGUUCACGUAUACUAUCUUAAUAGAUGGCUAUUGCAAUGCCAAAAGAGUAGACGGGGCAUUUGGGCUUCUUGAUAGAAUGAAGAAAACGAAUGUCAAACCGAAUGAUGCAACAUAUAGAUCACUCGUGAAUGGGGUUUUUCGUUCUGUACCUGUUCUCGAAGCACUGGAAUUGUUAUCGAGAUGGGUGGAUAUGGAGCCUAAUUUGCCUAAAGUGGUUUAUGAUACUGUACUUUAUUGCCUUUUUAAUACUUCUUUGCCGAAAGAUGCAGCUGUAUUUUUAAAAAAGGCUGCAGAACGAGGUUAUAAUCCUGGUAGUUCAACAUUUAACAUUGCAAUUACCUGUUUUAUUAAGGGAUUGGACCUUGAUGAAACUUGUCAGAUAUUUGAUUAUUUUCUUAAGCAAGGUAUGAAGGUGGAUUUCAAUGCUAGUCUUGCGCUUGUCGAGGCUCUGUACAAAUCAGGAAGAGAAGUGGCAGGAAAUAAAUAUUUAAGUCUAGUUCUCCAGGAUGGACUUGUGGUAAAUGUAUUCUCAUAUAACAUGGUGAUUGAUUGUCUCUGCAAGGCCAAAAUGAUGAACAGAGCAUCAGAAAUUUUCACAAGGAUGUGCCAAAGAAAUGUUCUACCCAAUCUUGUUACUUAUAAUACCCUUAUUGCGGGGCAUUGCAAGGUUGGAAAUGUUGUCAAGGCACGAGAGUUUCUGUUGAUGCUCAUAAGGCAUGACUUUAAACCGGAUAUUUUCACUUUUAAUUCAAUAAUCAAUGGUCUCUGCCAAGUGAACCAGAUUAUUGAUGCUUUUGAUUGUUUCUCAGAAAUGGUGGAGUGGGGAGUAACUCCUAAUGCUAUUACAUAUAAUAUUUUAAUUCGCUCACUUUGCAUUGCUGGGGAUGUUUCUAAAGCGAUGAAACUAUUGAGAAAGAUGCAAGAUGAUGGAAUUCAGCCUGACAUUUACUCCUUUAAUGCUCUAAUUCAAAGUUUUUGUAGAAUGGAUAAAGUUGAGAAGGCACAAAAGCUUCUUACAAGCAUGUUGACACUGGAUUUACAUCCUGAUAAUUUUACUUACGUUGCUUUUAUCAAAGCAUUGUGUGGAUCUGAAAGAUAUGAUGAAGCUAAAGAGUUGUUUCUCUCAAUUGAAGCAAAUGGGUGCAUCCCUGAUGCUUAUUUAUGUAACUCAUACAUUGAUGCCUUGAUUAAGUCAGGCAGAGUUAAAGAAGCCCGAAGUAUAUGGUUGAAAUACAAAAAGAAGGGAAUAAUGUUAAAACCCAUUCCUGUUAAGUAGCGUGCUACUGUGGUGGACGAUUAUAAAUCACACACAAGUUUGCUUUGAAUGCAGAUACAGAUACUAAAUACAUGGCUGCAGUUUAUGUUCCAUACUCUUGAAAUUGUAGCUUUCUGGGCAUCAGGAAUGUCUCCAAAGCUGCUGUCCUUGUCUGGGUAAUGAUUUGGACAAAAGUUGUGAAGAGAAGGUCUCUUUUUAUACUUGGUUGAAAAGGGCAGUCAUUCUUAGAGAGACUCACUUGAACUUAUGACAAAGAGAGCAGUCGGGAAUUCUGCUCAGGGAUCGAGAUUCAAAUCUAGCUUAGAAGGAUUAAUGCAGAUGGUGGAGCAAACAGUUGUCCAGAUGCAAUACUGUCAGUCAGCAUUAAGGAAUACAAUCAUGGAGGAUACAUGCAAAUAAUGGCUUCAGUUUUCAAUUGAUUCGGUAUAAAGUUUGUGUGUCAUCUUUGGGGUUUAGAUUUCCUACUGUGACGCCAUUCUGGGGAAGAUUUGUGCAAUGAUAGUUAAAUUUCUUUCUAACCUUGAUAACAUUUAGACGAGGAAAUUGAGUUAAUCGUUUCUGAUGUAAUUUACCUGUUAUAGGAUAUGUAAACUAGUGUUGGACAGGAAGAUUUUGAAUAGAUUGGACAAGAUGCUUACUACACUAAAUAAAUUGUUCUUUCAAUUU